AGUCCUGCACGUUACGAGCCAGUUACUAACCCAAUGCGUCUGGCGGCCAGCGUCCACUAUCUCGGCGAGGAGAUUGUGCUGAGCGCUCAGCCGCCGGCGCUGCCUCGUUUGCGACGCACGCAGUGUUCGAUGUUGUGUUUGGGCGAGGGUGACCCAUCAGUUGAUCCUUUGCAGUUGCCGUUACCGCUCCCGGUGGCCCUGCCCGCGCCCCCAUCCUCGCCCCUAACUGCCACUGCCAUUACUAACACUAACAACAAUCACAUCUACACGGAUCUGGAGCUGGUCAACAAACCCUCCUCUGGUGAAGAAGAAACAAAUGCGAAUACGGAUGUGAAUGCAAAUGCGGAUGCAAAUGCGGAUGCGGAUGUCGACAGCAUUGCCAGUGAAAAUGAUAUGGAAGUCAGCUGCCAUCAGAUUCAGAUUGAGAUCAAUCGCGUCGAGUCGGACGACUCGCAGGCAGUGCCCCAGAGCUCCAUCGAUGCCCAUCUAGACCGAAUCGAUGAACUAAACCGCGUGCUCGAUGAUCGGUUAAAGCGCAGCUUACAGCCUAUGAGCCCUAUGGAUGUGAAUGCCAUCGAGAGCGCCGAGGAUGUGAAUGUGCAAAGGCGCCAGGCUGAACUGAAUGCCGAUAGCCAAGCCAAGCGCUGUUCCAGCUCAAGCUCCGAGUGCCGCUCCUCGCUGCAAGGCGCCAAAGAUGCCGCCCAACAGAAGAAGCGAUCACUGUCCUUCACGCAAAAGUCGAUUAGUAACAUAAUCAGCAAUAUUAGGGAGUUCUCCAAGAGCCCCUUGGCACGCAUGGGCAAAAGUGCGACGCUCAGCGAGGAGCCGGAUCCAAUUAAGCUGUCCGGCGAGCCGAGCCAGCUCUCCAACAGCAGUGAAUCACACACGCAGCACAGUAACACUAACAGUAACAGUAACAGCAACAGCAACAGCAACAGUAACAGUAACAGCAACAGUAAUAGUAAUAGUAAUAGUAACAGUAACAGUGUUCACAACAACAACAACAAUGCCCAUCCAUGCCCACCAACAAGCACCGCCAGCUCCAUGGCGACGACAUUGACAACGACAAGCACAUCCACAUCCACAUCCACAUCGACAACGAUGCCGUCCAAGGAAACCUCAAGACUGAAAUUUAAAGUGCCAAAGAUACAAAAGAAAUCGAAAGCCAUCCGCAAUACAUUCCGUACCAAGUUGCUCAGCUUCCAGCUGAGACGGUCCAAGCCGUGCAAGCAGUGCACCAAACGACGUCGGAUACAUCCCAGCAAGAGUGUAUUGGACUUUGCCAAGGAGUUCGAGACGAAUCCCCAAGAGCAGACCGAGCAGGAGCAGUUCUGUAGUUGCCCAAAGGGGAAGCCAAAGGCGCUGCGAAUGUCCUGCCCAAAGGAUCGCCCCUUCGAGAUACCCAGCUCCGAGGAGCUGGACGACGAGGAUGACGACGGCAACGAGGACAGCAGCAGCGACGAUGUGCUCAGCCUUAAGGAGCACUGCUACUGUGUGCCCAGCUUGGCAGCGAGUCUCUCGCUAUCCACGAAUCGUCCCCUGUACGAGGAGGAGUGGUUCCAUGGCGUCCUGCCCCGCGAAGAGGUCGUCCGUUUGCUGAACAACGAUGGCGACUUCCUCGUGCGCGAAACGAUUCGCAACGAAGAGAGCCAGAUCGUAUUGAGCGUCUGCUGGAACGGACAUAAGCAUUUCAUCGUGCAGACCACUGGAGACGGACACUUCCGGUUCGAGGGCCCGCCCUUCCCCAGCAUACAAGAGCUCAUCAUGCAUCAGUAUCACUCAGAGCUCCCAGUCACCGUCAAAUCCGGCGCGAUUCUGCGCCGACCCGUCUGCCGAGAGCGUUGGGAGCUCAGCAACGACGAUGUCGUGCUCCUGGAAAAGAUCGGCAGGGGCAACUUCGGCGACGUUUAUAAGGCCAAGCUCAAGUCCACGAAACAGGAUGUGGCCGUUAAAACCUGCCGCAUGACUCUACCGGACGAACAGAAGCGUAAAUUUUUGCAGGAGGGCCGCAUCCUGAAGCAAUAUGACCAUCCCAACAUUGUCAAGCUGAUUGGCAUUUGCGUGCAAAAGCAGCCCAUUAUGAUUGUCAUGGAACUGGUGCCGGGCGGCUCCUUACUAAACUAUCUGCGCAAGAACUCAAAUACGCUCACCACACGGCAACAGAUGGGCAUGUGCCGAGACGCUGCAGCAGGCAUGCGAUAUCUGGAAUCUAAGAACUGUAUACAUCGUGAUCUCGCAGCUCGAAAUUGUCUUGUGGACUUUGAGCAUAGCGUUAAAAUAUCAGAUUUUGGCAUGUCACGCGAAGAAGAAGAAUAUAUAGUUUCCGAUGGCAUGAAGCAAAUACCAGUCAAAUGGACAGCGCCCGAAGCUCUUAAUUUUGGCAAAUACACAACUCUCUGCGAUGUUUGGUCGUACGGCAUUCUCAUGUGGGAGAUAUUCUCCAAGGGCGAUACUCCAUAUUCUGGAAUGAGCAAUUCGCGUGCUAGAGAACGUAUCGAUACAGGAUAUCGCAUGCCCACGCCGGAGAAUACGCCGCCCGAAAUGUACCGUCUGAUGCUGAAGUGCUGGGCCGCUGAUGUCGAUGCUCGUCCGCAUUUCGACGAGAUCUACAAUGUCGUCGAUGCGCUCAUACUGCGUCUGGACAACAGUCACUGAGCGCCUUAGAUGUCCAGGCUCUGUGCGAAGCUGUAAUUAACAUAGUUAUUUUUAAUACACACUCAACGUAGUUCUGAGUAAGCGCUUUUAAAGUAUGUCACUUCCUAGGA